UUUGCUCCGCCCGCUCCUACUCCAUCACCAUCCAUAAUCUACAUCUGUGAAAGCGCCUCUUCUGCUAUCGACCUCUCUAAUCCCCAAUCCUGCUCCCGAUUCUCAACUCUUCCUCCUCGCGGCCCACUUCUCGUUGCAGAUUUGUUUCUUCCGCUGCGAAGGGGAAGCUUGAGGACGCCGGAAAUUACUUGGGGGGCAAGGCCGACGAUGCCCUGGACACAGCCAGGGAUGUAAGUCGCGAUGCUCAGAACGAGGCCGAGAAGCUGGGUGACAAGGCCGCGGACAAGGGCCGGGAAAUCGAGGGCAGCGCCAAGAGCGCCGGCAGCGACGUCCGUGGCGAGGCUGGGAAUCUGGGCAACAAGGCGCAAAACGCCGUGCAGGACGCCGGCGACUCCCUGAAGGAGAACGCCGACAAGGCGACGAGCUCCGCGCAGCGCAAGGCUGAGGACGUGGGUGACUCCGCUCGCGACACCGCGCACGACUUGAAGAGGGAUGCUCAGAAGGGAGCUGACCGCAUUCAGAACUAGACCGGGGGACCAGCUGCAGCGACGUGUGGAACUAGACGUGUGUGAAUCAAUGUGUAGAGGAUCCUAGAGUUUGUGGAUAGCGAUGUAACGAUGAUUUAGGAGAGUAGUGUAGUGCGGCGAUGAGGUGUAAAUCAUGUGGAUGCCUAACAAAUUUGGAAGAUUGGCAAUGCCACUCAUUUCGGAAAACAUGUGGGUGAAGCGGGGUCGUUUUCUUUGGAUGGAUGUGAAGGUGUGAGAGUGGUGGGUAGUAAGUCGGCGAUGGCGGUGUCAAUGCGCAGAACUGGGAACGGCCAUUGGGCUAUUUGCAGGAAGGACGCUGGGUCUUUCUGCCGCGGCCCACGAGCUGCAAGUCUGGUGGGGUCAGAAGACGUAGAAAAGCAGAGAUGUGUAGUGGGCAGUUCCACAUCGCAAGCGAUCUCUCUCAAGGUUGCGCAGGUGGGCUUCACAAUGGCGACCUUGCAAAGCAGCGACCGAUGGUGUCGAGGACGAGCCACAUGUGUUCAACUUGCACCUGGGAAGGAUCGGAGUUGUGGUAGAUAUCGUAGGGAAUGCCUGCCACGAGUAUUCUUUUUCAAGUCUUGCGAGCAGCCGGGAGCGGGUUCGCGAACUCGAUCGUAGAUGAGAGGAGCGUUUACAUGCGACGGACGUACCCUCAGAGCACGUCGGAACAUGGACGUGGAGGUUGUUGUGUGCUGCGUUGUCUCCAGCUGAAUGGUGUUGGAAAUUGGUCGAGUGUGCUGGGUGAUUACUUUCGCUGUUACAUUUGGGUGCAAGAUACUCCGCGUCGAAUGAUUACAGGUAGGUAGUUAGACUUGAUGCCCAGCGCACGUUGCGUGGAAAUAAUUGCACCAAGCCGUUCGAGGGAGACAAAACGCAUGGCGCGUGCCCGCAGUGACCACGGUGUGAAAUUCAGCCAUGAGUGAGCACCAGCUUUGCGGACUUACGGACUGUGAGCACGACAUCCGCACUCGUGGAAGAGUGCUUUGCAUGAGCAGUGCGUAGCGAUCGCAUUAUCUGGCACUACGGCGGAGAAAGGGGAAACCAAGCAAAUCGAAAAAGAUCGUCGACCACACAUCCACGUCCAAGCUCAUGAAUGCCUAGCGCAUGCAUACACACACUCGUCGAGCAUGCGAGCAGCUCCGAAGACAAACAGCUCCCGCGGCGAGGGACGAAUCUAAUUCUGGUUCGGCAAAGAGCCUUUAUCACGUCGCUGCCGCGGGACACCGCGACGUCCUCCUCGGUGGCGUCCAGCAUCUCACACGCCGCCGAAUUGGCCAUGGGGAACCUCGACUUGGAGGAGCUGCGCGUGUUGCAAUCACCACCACAGCGAAGCACAAGACGUCAGGAGCCCAGAAGCCAAUCCGGCGGGACCCGGUCAAACAGAUCCACACGGGGAUUGCGAUGGACUGGUGGGGAGCAAUUCCCGUGCUUCGAUCGCGUAAGGAAUGAGUCGGGGAGGGAGCUGGGUGAACUUACGGAGACAGUUGAAUUCUUUGGGCACAUUUUUGAAGUUCGUCUCUUCGUCGUACACAUAUCCGUACACGAUCCUUUUGGUCACGGGCUUGUCGCUGCCCUGCGCCAGAGGGGCGGUGGAGGUUUUGACGCCCAGUGGUAUCUCCUUGCCGCUCAGUCCAGGGGGAGAGUGGGGAGUGUUGGGUGCGUUCUGCCUGCCCGUGAUGCCGGGCUCCACUUUGCCCUCCGCCUUCUUCACCAGCGACGCUUUCUUGAACGCAACUACACUCGGUCAACACGGUCAUCACAUCAGCCUGAUCUUACUGGUUUUUUGGUUUUAGUGUUUAAUUCGUCGCAGGACGCUCAUAGGUUCGCUGGGUAAGAAUGUUUAACACACUCAGGAUACUUUUAGGAUGUUUGCCAGACGCAUGGAAAUCAGGAACAUUAGUGUGAAGUCUUUGUGCCUUUGUGACGAAGGCGGUCGAAGUUUAGAUAAGUUUACUUGCAUUGUCAUAUCUGAUCUGCGUUCGAGGCUCACCGUUUCUGAAUUGCACGUUUGUUAGCGGCUUGAGUUUUGAACCAUUUGCCGCCAUCGGAGCUGUCACUGGAGUCCCCAUAUUGAUCCGAGCAUGGAUAGCAGAUGCCUUGGUGUCUUAGUCUUAAGCUUGUGAAAUUUGAACGGAAGAUGCAGUUGCAAACUGUUGUUAGUGCUAUAAAUCAGAAUCACGUCAGUGUAGAAGUUAGUGCUAGCAGCGGAGAUUGAUCUUUGAAUGAUAAGCUGCGAAUUAGUGGUAAUAUAGCAUGCGCGAGCGUCGCACUAGUCGUGAAUGGGCGGAUGCGAAUGGAAAACGGAACUAAGGUUGCACCAGACAGCCUGACGAAGUGGACUGAUGUUGCCGCGUGGCGAGGAUGAUGUCGCGGCUGUGAGGUUUAGAAGCAUGGGAAUCACGUUUUCUAUCAUGAGAAGUUACUAGUGCCAUCAUCUCCAAAGCGUAUGCAGGAGUUCAAAUCUAAUUGCGGAGAAGCAUUUCCACCUUUGAAUUUGUGCACACAAUCCACAUGCAGGGUUGUGGGUCCGAAAACUUUGCUCCACAAGAUGAACCAUUCUUCUU